AUGCCGAGGGCACGCGUACCCCGCACUCGCAAUGUACAACGACGAACCCGGUCCCGCGACGAGGAAGAGGAGGAGGAGGAGGAGGUAGUGCAAGCCACAGAACCUGUUGAGGAUGAGAACGAGUCCAUCGUGAAUUUGUCAGACGAUGAGAUAGAAAACGACGAGAACACGCCCAUCAUCAACAUUGACGAAGAUGCGAGGCCCCUGCCUGCGCUGUCCUUUGCACCGCGUUCGUCGUUGCUGCGUACGCCAAUGUCACACCACAUCUCAGAGGAUUUGGUCCUUCGCGACAUAACAGACCAGUUCUUCUUCCCACCCACACCGUCGCCCGUUCGCAUAUCAAAGAACACGCUCAAAAGACCUGCGCAGAGCACACUAGAACCACCACGGAGACCAAAGAAACCAAAGCCACCCGCGUACCCAGCAGACCCACCCAACUGGAUACAUCCCACUCUACCGUCGUCUUCUCUCCCGCCCAGCUCACCCCUGCCUACGUCUGAUAACGGACGAGCCCACGGUCAUAAUUCCAGUGCCCGAUAUGAAUAUGAACUCACAAGCACUCCCGUUCGCCCAUCCGAUUCAGACCCAUUUGGGUUUCUUGCCAUCGAGCGCGUGCUCAAGGCACAGCGUGCUGCAGCCCCUCCACCUGUACGCAAACCCACAUCGAGGGCGGGCAUACGCGCCGUGAAGUCACCUCCGCGCAACACGGAUAUCUUAUCUGAUACCCCCACCGCACCCGUACGGUCAUCUUCUGCGCGGCCAGAAGAGCCCAUACCCACCAAUUAUGAAGAUAUCGACGACUUGUAUCUCGACGAACCCGUCGCAGGGCCGUCGUCUUGUCCACUCAUACCUGCUGCGCCAUUGUUGGGCCAGCAGAGUGUUCAUGAACCAAUGCCAGAGCCCCGCACCACACACUCUCAGACUACAUUCCCAGACCCACUGCGCACACCGCGCAAGCGCAAAAGGGUCGCGUCUCUGACGCCAGAAGAGAGUUCAGCAGGUGGUAGUCAACCUUCUAGUCCAUCACCUGUCAAGGUGUCCAUUGUUUCUACGAGCGGGCCUCGUAUAAGUGGACCAGUGCAAACUCGGACAAUGGCGCAGAAUGCUACCCCUGUGCGGAAGCAUACGCGAGCUCAGACUGCCAAAGCUCGAGGUAAGCAGCCGAUCGGAAAGGACAGCCACAAAGUGGCACCGGCUUCCAAGCGUGUCAAGACAAAGGCACGCAAUUGCAUACCUACACCAUCUUCGACACCAUCUGUUCAUCAUCAGAACACCGUCGAAUCAUUGCCGUCAUCACACACGGCUACCCCUGUCCGCCCGCGACGGCGGAGUGCGCGGCAGGCCGCAGCAGCCAACCAUCCAGCACGAGAUCGCAGUGAGACUGAACGAGGUAGUGGUGGCAUUGGGAGGAUGCGAACGCGGCUGAGAUCCGCGACAUCGAAUGCAGAGACGAAGUCUAAGUCUCCUGUUGCGAGACCGACCACGCGCUCUGAUUCUCGAGCAAACACGGCAGUGCCUGCUAAACAAGUGAAACCUGCCAAGGUGACGAGGAGUACCGUGAAGACUAAAGAGGGCACCACCACCCGUGGGCGCGGUCGGGGUAAGACGGUCGGUGCAAAGAGCAAUAAAGAUACCAAGGGGAAGAGGAAGUCAAGACCGUUGGGGGAUGUACUUGGAAUGUCAGAUGAUUCACGCGAGGUGGGAAACUUGUCUUCACUUUUCUAA